UCCACAACGGCUCUCCUCGCGGGCCGCCCUGGGGCCUUGGGGGCCCGCUGGAGCCCAGCUGCGGGGCCUCCGUGGUGGCCGGGAGCCUGCUGGCCGCGGCCCCUCAGCACCCACGUGGGUCUGGAGGCCCCACCAUGUUCUCCAGGAAGAAGCGGGAGCUCAUGAAAACCCCUUCCAUCUCGAAAAAGAACCGGGCGGGAAGCCCCAGCCCACAGCCCUUGGGGGAGCUGCCCAGGAAGGAUGGGGCCGACGCGGCGUCCCCCGGGGCCAGCGCGGAGCCGCCGAGCACCGCCGCCAACGCCAAGGCCACGGGCACGCUCAAGCGACCCACCAGCCUGAGCCGCCAUGCGAGCGCCGCGGGCUUCCCGCUGCCCGGGGCCAGCUCCUGGACGCUGGGCCGGGGCCACCGCAGCCCGCUGGCCACUGCCAGCCCCGCCGAGCUCCCCGGCGACGCGCCCGGGCCCGACUCCGGGGAGGACAUCUCCCAGCUGCUGGCGGACGUGGGCCGCCUGGCCAAGAGCCUCGAGAAGCUCAGGGACUAUGUCCUGCGUGACGAGCUGCUGGAGGCCCGCCGGGGGCUGGCCCACGAGUGCCUGGGCGAGGUCCUCCGCGUGAUGCGCCAAAUCAUCACCAAGUACCCGCUGCUCAACACCAUGGAGACCCUCACGGCCGCCGGCACCCUCAUCGCCAGGAUCAGAGGCUUCCAUUACGAGUGCAGCAACAACGAGUCCGACAAGGAGGAGUUCGAGAAGGCCCUGGAGACCAUGGCCGUGUCCUUCGGUAACACCGUGUCCGAGUACCUCAUGGGGGAAGUGGACAGCACGACUCUCCUGUCCGUGCCCCCCGGGGACCCCAGCCAGACCGUGGAGCACCAGUACGGGCCGGCGGCGGAGGGGGCCGACGCCAGCGCCGAAGACGGUGACGCGGGCUGCCUGCCCUCCGAGGAGGUGGACAUGCUGCUGCAGCGCUGCGAGGGGGGCGUGGAUGCCGCCCUGCAGUACGCCAAGAACGUGGCCAAGUACAUGAAGGACCUCACCGGCUACCUGGAGAAGCGCAUGGCGCUGGACAUGGACUUUGUCAAAGGCCUGCAGAAGAUCAUGCACAACUACCGGCACAGCGUCAUGCAGGAGCCCCACAUGCCCCUGCAGUCCAUCUACUCCCUGGCCCUGGACCAGGACCUGGAGUUUGGCCAAGGCUUGAUGCAGGCAGUGGCCACGCUGCAGAACCAGACCUUCGUGCAGCCCCUGAACGUGAGGCGGCUCGAGCACGAGAAGCGCAGGAAGGAGAUUAAGGAGUCGUGGCACCGUGCCCAGAGGAAGCUGCAAGAGGCCGAGUCCAACCUGCGCAAGGCCAAGCAGGGCUACACGCAGCGCUGUGACGACCACACCAAGGCCCGCCUCCUGGCAGCCAAGGCCGAGGAGGAGCAGGCGGUCACAGGGCCCGGGGCCGCUGCCUCCAAGACCCUGGACAAGCGGCGGCGUCUGGAGGAGGAGACCAAGAACAAGGCGGAGGAAGCCAUGGCCACCUACCGGACGUGUGUGGCCGACGCCAAGACGCAGAAGCAGGAGCUGGAGGACACCAAGGUGACGGUGCUGCGGCAGAUCCAGGAGGUCAUCCGGCAGAGCGACCAGACCAUCAAGUCGGCCACCAUCUCCUACUACCAGAUGAUGCACAUGCAGACAGCCCCGCUGCCCGUGCACUUCCAGAUGCUGUGCGAGAGCAGCAAGCUGUACGACCCGGGCCAGCAGUACGCCUACCACGUGGGCCAGCUGCAGCGCGGCGAGGAGCCCGACGUGCGCUACGACUUUGAGCCCUACGCCUCCAUGAACACCUGGUACGGCCUCCCGCUCGCGCCUGGGGCGGCGGGGCAGCCCCCUGCCGAGGCUUCCGUACCUGCCUGUCCCACCAGGUCCCCCGUCAUGCGCACGCGGAAGGGCAGCUUUGUCGGCGAUGCCGCGGCGACAGAGGCCACGGGCAGCCCCGAGAAGGACGGUGGGCCCAGUGAUGGGGCGCUGGCCAAGGAGCGCAGGGGAGGGCGCGGACACCAGGUGCACAAGUCGUGGCCCACCACCAUGUCAGACUCGGACGGCAGCCUGGACCCCAGCCCUGGCUCAGGGGACUUUAAGAAGCGGGAGCGGAUGUCGUCCAGCGGCACCAUGUCGUCCAGCGAGGAGCUGGUGGAGCCGGAGGGCAGUGCGGGGGCGGCUGCCUUCGAGCAGGCCGACCUCAACGGCAUGAGCCCCGAGCUGCCGGUGGCCUUGCCCAGCGGGCCCUUCCGCCACGUGGGGCUGUCCAAGGCCGCCCGCACCCACCGGCUGCGGAAGCUCCGCACGCCCGCCAAGUGCAGGGAGUGCAACAGCUACGUGUACUUCCAGGGCGCCGAGUGUGAGGAGUGCUGCCUGGCCUGCCACAAGAAGUGCCUGGAGACGCUGGCCAUCCAGUGCGGCCACAAGAAGCUCCAGGGCCGCCUGCAGCUGUUCGGCCAGGACUUCGGCCAGGCGGCCCAGAGCACCCCCGACGGCGUGCCCUUCAUCAUCAAGAAGUGCGUCUGCGAGAUCGAGCAGCGGGCGCUGCACACCAAGGGCAUCUACCGCGUCAACGGGGUGAAGACGCGCGUGGAGAAGCUGUGCCAGGCGUUCGAGAACGGCAAGGAGCUGGUGGAGCUGUCACAGGCUUUGCCCCACGAUAUCAGCAACGUCCUCAAACUCUACCUGCGGCAGCUGCCCGAACCGCUCAUCUCCUUCCGCCUGUACCAUGAGCUCGUGGGGCUGGCCAAGGACAGCCUGAAGGCGGAGGCUGAGGCCAAGGCGGCCACCCGGGGCCGAGCGGACCCCGCCCAGAGCGAGGCUGCGGCUGUGGCCAUGGCGGGCCGGCUGCGGGAGCUGCUGCGGGACCUGCCCCCCGAGAACCGGGCCACUCUGCAGUACUUGCUGCGGCACCUGCGCAGGAUCGUGGAGGUGGAGCAGGACAACAAGAUGACUCCGGGGAACCUGGGCAUUGUGUUUGGGCCCACGCUGCUGCGUCCAAGGCCCACCGAGGCCACCGUGUCCCUGUCCUCCCUGGUCGACUACCCCCACCAGGCCCGGGUCGUGGAGACCCUCAUCGCCCACUAUGGCCUGGUCUUCGACGACGGGCCCGAGGAAGCGUACGUGCAGCGGGCCGAGGCGGCGGCACAGACGCCCCACCCGGAGGCGAGUGCAGGGACCGGCUUCCCACUGCAGAAGGCCGCAGAAGGGGGCCCAGAAUACCAGGUGGCCUCCAACGACUCGGACUCUGAAGUGGAGGAGACCUCAGACCUGUUGGCAGCGGCGGCCAGGGGCGCCGCACACCGCCUCAGUAUCCUGGAGAAGCAGGGCAGCGAGACCAGCGUGGAAGAGGGCCAGGGCAGCCGCAGCGGCAGCGAGGAGCGGCUGGAGGCCGCGGCCAGCGCUGAUGGGGACGGGGACGGGGACGGGGACGGGGAGGGCCUGGCCCAGCAGCUCUCGGAGUACAACGCCAACCAGUGCAACAACGUGGCCGAGGUCCGGCUGCCUACCAUGAGGCUCUGCACUGGGCAGGUGGCAGCAGGCAGUGGGCAGGACAGACAGCUGGAGUUUGUCUAGCUGGGGUGCUGGGCAGGCCAGUCCAGGGGCCGAGGGCCGGGUGCCGGCUGUGUCUGGCUCCCGUCCCCGUGCAUGACCAGUCACUGUGAGGCCUCCUCCUGCCAGCCCAGUGCAGGAAGGGGGUUUCUGGCUGCUUUUUCCAGAAGAUUCCAGGAGCAAGGAGCAAGCCCGAGGCCUGCCCCGUGUCUGCCUGCGUGCCGGGGAGUCCUCCUCUCCAGUGGUCUCAGCCGUGUGGACAGAGGAGCCACAUAGGCCCCGCUGAGUGGCCGGGUCCGCGGGGCCAGCCUGGAGGCCAGACAGCAGGGGCCAGGUGGCAGCGUCGGGAAGUCCCCAGGGGCCCUGGGAAAUCGAGUUGGGGCCCCUGGGGUAUAGGCACAUGGGGGGGUGGGGUCUGUCUUGGGUCACGAUGUACAUUCUACACAGAUGCAUUGAUUUUGCUUAAAAUAAAAUUUUUAACCUGA